AUUUAAUGAACAUAAAAAAACCAGAGAAAUAAUAUUAUUUAAGUCCUUUUCCAAAAGAUGUAAUUGGAUUAAUUGCAUCUAGUUGUGUUCAAAAAUUUUAAGGUGCAUAUACUUUAGAAUUAUAAUAAAAAUAAUAGAGAUCUUUAUAAGAGGAAUUAAUUUAUAGGUAUUUUAAAGGGAGAGCCCCUCCAUAUGAAUUAAGUUAGGCUGAUAAAGAUGAAUUAUAAAAUUUUGAAGGAAAUGAAUAUCAUUUAUGUGAAUAUAGAGGAUAGUAGUUCUUAAAGAAAUAUUUUCAUACAGAAGUGAUAAAAUUUAAUGAAUGCAUAGAAAUUUGUGAUAUUGAGAAUGCUUCAAAUUAUAAGGGAUUAUUAAUUCUAAAAAGAUCUAUGUGUAGAAGGAAAUGUGAAGAUAAAAUGGAUAUUACAUUAAAGGAAUACAUGAGAGAUGGUAAAUUCCCAAAAAUGGAAGAAAUAUUGAAAAUGUGAG